GAAAUCAAAUCCUGUCAUCGUCAUCUCAUUCCAAUUCCUCAACUUCCCCAUUUUCCUUCACCGAAAAUUCCAUCCUCUCGAUCUAUCCGUGCUUCUUGCUUUUCCCGAACGAAGCACAACAUAGAUUCUGCAAAUAUCGAAAGCCAUUGUUCCGAAAUGAGCAGUGGGGAGCUCCUUGGCGUCGAACCUCUCGAGCUCAAGUUCCCUUUUGAGCUGAAUAAGCAGAUCUCAUGUUCUCUUCUAUUGUCGAACAAGACGGAUAACUAUGUUGCUUUCAAGGUGAAAACCACCAAUCCGAAGAAGUAUUGUGUUCGUCCCAACACUGGCAUUGUCUUGCCACGAUCUACAUGUGAUGUUAUAGUUACCAUGCAAGCACAAAAAGAAGCCCCACCUGAUAUGCAAUGCAAGGAUAAGUUUCUUCUUCAAAGUGUAAAAGCGAAUGAUGGUGCUACCACGAAGGACAUCACUGCAGAAAUGUUUAGCAAGGAGGCAGGGAAUGCAGUUGAAGAAUGCAAAUUGAGAGUGCUGUAUGUUUCUCCACCUCAACCACCAUCUCCCGUUCCAGAAGGUUCAGAGGAAGGGUCAUCACCGAGAGGUUCUGUUUCAGAAAAUGGAAAUGUGAAUGGUGCUGACUUCACAAAUGCAGCAAAAGCAUUUACUGAACGAUCUGAUGCUCAAGAAAAAUCUGCAGAGGCAAAAGCCCUCAUUUCAAGGUUGACUGAGGAAAAGAAUAAUGUAGUUCAACUAAAUCACAAGCUUCGUCAGGAAUUGGAGUUGCUGAAGCAAGAAGGGAACAGAAAUCGUGGUGGCGUCUCAAUUCUGUUUGUCAUCAUAGUCGGCUUACUCGGCUUAAUUAUGGGGUAUAUCAUGAAGAAGACAUAAAACAUCCCAAUGCAAUUGUUCACCAUACCUUUGAUCUUAGUCUCGUUAUUGUUCCUGGCAAUUGAAGAAAUGACACAAGAAAAGGGAAACAGGAAUUCAGCAAGCUGUGUUUCUUCUUUUCAUUUCCCUUUUUUCCCCCUUUAAAAUUUUUAUUUUGGUCGAUAACAUGUUGCAUGUAGAAAACAUUAGGAAAACUGAUGGGUCUGUGGUUGCUAGGAGGCCAUAUUAUUGUGGACUGACUCUUACUUUUCAUAACAUGCAUUCUUUUUUGUAAUUUAAGAAAUGUGUCUCACUGUCUUGUGUUUUUUUGUGUGAUAAAUGAUCUUUCUAGCC